UCCCCGCCCGGUAACGAUCUCCCUCUCAGCCCCGGAAACUCACCCACGGGCGCCAUAGCGACGGUGACGUAUUUCCGUCCCGCGCACCCUCUGACCCGGAAGCGAUCGCGAGGCUCUCUCGCCUCAGCGUUGCCGCCAUGAAGCCCAUCCUGCUACAGGGCCAUGAGCGCUCCAUCACGCAGAUCAAGUACAACCGGGAGGGAGACCUGCUUUUCACCGUGGCUAAGGAUCCUAUUGUCAAUGUUUGGUAUUCAGUGAAUGGAGAGAGGCUCGGCACCUACAAUGGCCACACGGGAGCCGUCUGGUGCGUGGAUGCAGACUGGGACACACGACAUGUGCUCACUGGCUCUGCGGAUAACAGCUGUCGGCUCUGGGACUGUGAAACAGGAAAGCAGCUUGCUCUGGUGAAGACCAGCUCGGCGGUGAGGACAUGCGGCUUUGACUUUGGAGGAAACAUCAUCAUGUUUUCCACAGACAAGCAGAUGGGAUAUCAGUGUUUUGUGAGCUUCUUUGACCUCCGGGACCCCAGCCAGAUUGAGAACAACGAGCCUUACAUGAAAAUCCCCUGCAGUGAUUCUAAAAUCACAAGUGCUGUGUGGGGCCCUCUGGGAGAGUUCAUCAUCGCAGGACAUGAGAGCGGAGAGCUGAACCAGUUCAGUGCCAAGUCAGGGGAGCAGCUUUCAAACAUCAAGGAGCACACCAAGCAAAUCAACGAUAUUCAGACCUCCAGGGACAUGACCAUGUUCAUCACCGCCUCCAAGGACAACACGGCCAAGCUAUUUGAUUGCACGUCACUCGAGCAUUUGAAGACGUUCCGGACGGAGCGACCGGUGAACUCUGCUGCACUCUCCCCCAUUUUUGAUCACGUCGUGCUUGGUGGUGGGCAAGAGGCCAUGGAUGUGACCACGACCUCCACCAGGAUUGGCAAAUUUGAGGCGAGGUUCUUCCACUUGGCUUUUGAAGAAGAGUUUGGCAGAGUGAAGGGUCACUUUGGUCCAAUAAAUAGCGUUGCUUUUCACCCCGACGGGAAGAGUUACAGCAGCGGGGGUGAGGAUGGCUACGUUCGCAUCCAUUACUUCGAUCCCCAGUACUUCGAGUUUGAAUUUGAAGCUUAAAGGAGGACUUCCUCCCUCUCCUCUUCCCUUUCCUUUUCCAAUUCGUUGGCUCCCGUGCAGAACUGUUGUAAGGCCUGAAGUUAAUCUGCUCCGCAGGAGGCAGCGAGAAGCAGUUAGCAGCAAACUUGGGGCUGGCUGCGUGAAGGUGGGGAACUAGAAACCCAACCGGCUGAAAAGGGCAGGACUGGAUUUCACAGGAGGUGGUGAAGGCGAGGAAGGGAGUUGGGUUGGCUGCCUGCCUGCCCCUGGGGAUGCUAGCUUCCUCCUGGGCAUAUUUAUACAUCAGGGGAGAAAAAAAAUCAUCAAGAAAUAAAUAGAAAUAUUUUAUAAACACAA